AUGGACGUUUAUUCGCCAUCUCAUCCAACUGACCAAGAUGCUGAUUGUGAAAAUACUGGUGAGAACUUUGAGGUAGGGAUUGAGAGUUCGCGCUGCCUUGGUCGUGCCGUGUCCGGUGCAGGGUCUACUUCUUUGAUUGAAACGUCAUGCCUUAUGAAGUCCCCUGAUCUGUCACCAACCCUCUCUACCUCGUCCAAUAUGCUCUCGGAUGCCUUAACUGUGGGUCAGGAUGCUCCUAUGACUGAAAGCUUUGAUCCACCGGAGGCGAGUCUAUCAAAGACUGAUGAGAUUGCCAACGAAAAGGAUAGUAAAAAGAUAAGCUCUGAGUCUCCUUUGUUAAAGGAUGGUAACAGGCUGUUCAAUGGCGAUCAAUCUACCAGAACUACCGGUAAAAGUGCCGGUGACCAGAAAGGAACGACUUUGGAUAAUAUCGACCAGAAAAUUGGAGGGCAUUGUUCACACAAGAGCAAGUCUCCUGGGCCUUACAAGGGAUCGAAUCGUUAUUCCGCUUCCAAGUCCUCGCGUUACCGGAGUCGUUCGCCGAGACGUAGACAUGAUAGUAGAAGUUCUCGAAGGCGUUCUUCGUCUCAUUCGCGUUACCGUAACUCACACAACCGACGUCAUUCUAGGUCUAGAUCAAGGGACAGGCAUUAUAGACGGUCUCGGUCGGCUCUGCGUAGUAGACACGAUCGUCGCAGGCGCGACUCGCAUCGAGACCGUCGAACACGUUCUAGAAGUCACAGUCGUCAAAACAAAGACAACGGAAGUGAACCCCGUGGUCUUCGGAAAGAUCAAAGUGCAUGUGUCUUGACUACGACAUCUAUGGGCCUAGUGACUUCUACUGCAUCGGUGAUGCCGCCUCUUCCGGAAAAUACUAUCAAAAACGAUCCUAUUGACCAUCAAUAUGACAUGGACGAAACAAGCACUCCAGAUAUUUCUGAAGAUCAUCUUCCCGUGGCCAGGAACAUGAAUGAGAACGUUGCCUUUGUUUUUCAAAAUCACCCUCCUCCUCCUCCGUUAACUAGUGCACCGAACUUCUUUGAUUGGAAACAGAAAUCGCAGAAUCCUCCCGCUUUUGGGCAGAUAAAUCAUCCGAGUAAUUUGCAACAGCUUCCAGGUUCUUUGGUUCGAGAUACCCUUCAUAAUCAGUCGAGGCCUGGCAGCUACGAUGGCAACUACCAGGCCCGUAGGCUGAAUUCAUCGGCAAUGAAGGAAUUACCACCCAAUCUCAUGUCACAACGCCCGGCAUUCAAUCCAGCAUAUGUGAAUCGCUUUCCUGGAGCGCCACCAGCUCAAUUCAUGACAAUUAAUGGGAUGCUUAACCCGCUACUGCCGUUUGGUGGGAUCUUGGGACAGCCACCCCCUCCUCCUCCACCCCCUCCGUCAUUGCCAUCAAAUCUAUCUUAUUCAGCCCCGCCUCCACCCUUUAUUCAGCACAUCAAUACCAAUUCGAGCUUACCACUUCAACAGCAAUCGCAUACUGAGGUUUCGUCAAGACCGGCGCUCGCAUCACCUCCACCUCCGCCACCACCGCCGUCCCAGUCCAAUUUGCUUGAAACAUUAAUGAGCAAGGUGGGACUGCCGACAGACGGCAUAGCUGCACUAAGCAGUACUUCAGCAGGUGGUGCGAUUCCAAUGGCUACCAUUCCCCUUCCAGAACCAAUUGAAGAUAAGUCUCCGAUGAAGAAAAUUAAUAAAUUGUUGAACUCGGCAGCGAAUACGUUGCUAAAUCAAUUAAAUGUACCGGUUAGUACAGACGGUAGUCCUCCGCCGCCGCCGCCUCCUCCACCUUUGACUUGCCGAAGUGCGGGGAAGUCAGACCAAUGUCUUUCUCCCACCAAGUCGUCAAUGCCCCCUCUACCUAUUAUUGGUGGAAUCAUGGGCAGUAGUGAAGUUCCAAAUGGCAAUGGAAGUGGUCCGACAGACGGAAAGAAGCACAAGCAUCGUCUCCAGUACAAUAUUCAGGAAAUGCUUGCUAGGCGCAAAAGGUCGGAAUUUUCUAGCACUCGAGAAUGGCAGGAGCGUAUUGCCCUUGAAGUGAAAAGUUUUAUCAAGCCGUUUUAUGCCGCUGGAAAAGUGUCAAAAGAGGAUUGUCGUACGGUUCUCAAAAAGUCUGUAAAUAAGAUAUCGAGGAGCAGUUGCACUUCAAUAAAUACAAAAAAAAUUGGCGAAUUCGUAAAGCUUUAUUUACGCAAAUACUACAAGUACCGUAAAUGGCAAGCGCGUCAGCAGAAAUUGCAUUCUGAACCGGCAGCUAAGGACCCAUCUGUACAGUGA